AUGCUGUUGAUCCAAUUACGUCGGUACAGUUGGAGUGGUCUUUGUGGAGCAAAGAUUCAGAGGGAACUUGGCAUCGGAUUAGUGGUAUACAGUCCUCUUGGACAUGAUUCUUCUCUUCUUGUGCAAAGGUGGUUGAAACUUUGCCUGAAGGAGACUUCCGAAAGUUACAACCAAGAUUCCAACCUGAGAAUCUGGAGCAUAAUAAGAAUUUGUUUGAGAGGUACUACGAAAAUUGAGAAUCUCAAUGAAAACAUCCGAUCAUUGUCUGUAAAACUGACAAAAGAAGACAUGGCUGAGCUCAAAUCUAUUGCUCCAGCUGAUGCAAUGAAGGGUGAUAGAUAUGGAUCUAAAAUUCCUACAUGGAAAAAUGCAGACACUCCUCCUUUGUCUAAUUGGACAGUAGCUGCAUAA